AUGCCACCAACGCUCUUGCAGCGGGUCCUCAACCAGCCUUCACAGAAAUAUAGCCCUCCUUCACCUCGGAACUACUAUUCGGCGAAACCGGGGCUGUUAGCUCUCGCGGCAGUCAUCGAUGAUGCCCCAAGACAUAUUUUGCCUCCACCCACAUGCGAAGAGCAGAACCAAGAGGACGACACCGAGGUCUUUUACACGCCACGCUCCUCUGUUGUCUUUGACGACAACGGCGCCGACGAUAUGUCAAUGACGAUAACAACCACCCCCACUCGCGCGCUGUACACCGAUGAGGACUGGACAAAAGAGCUCCAAUUCCUCGUCAACAAGCCGAAACGCAUUGUGCCAAUACCGCUUGUGCCCACGCGAAAGUCGAGGACGCCGACCCCCAGCAUCAUGAUGAGCAUGACUGCGUUAAUGGAAGAAGACGAGCUUGAGCAGCCCCCAAAAGUGUUCUCAACUCCGUCAAGCAGCGUUUUGCUGGAUAGCAGCACGCCUCCGCUGACCCAUUCGCGCUCUUCCACGCCUUCCCAUCGUCGAACACGCUCAACAACUUCGUCCUCGUCUGUCUACUACACUCCCCCAUCUUUACCGUCUGGCCCGCCAGAGCUCCCGUCUUAUGGCACCCCAGCGUACACCUCUCUCGUUGUUCCUCCAGCCCCGCUCCCCUCACAGCCAUUAACGCGGUCAACUUCCAUCUCUCAACGCAUCAAAGCGUCGUUUCGACGCGAUACCGCCGACCUUUCACGAUCCCGACUGGCUCAAGGGACUAUGGCUUCUAUUGAGGUUGUCGCUGGCCUUGCAUCAGCGAAAGCCAAGAGUCUCGAGCAACCGCCAAGGCUGGGAUUCACGCAUUACCGGACUCCACCGGGCGUGUCACAGUCUGGCAUACUCGUCCAAGUAUGGGCGGUGGGCCUCGAUGCCGUGGACAUCCGGCUUCUGGGAAACACAUCAACAGCGCCCAGGUCUGUAGCGCUACUACCCCGCCCGAGGACCCAGAGCAUUGGCCGAUUUGUCGGGAGGUCAAUCAAUUUAUCCCGGCGGACGUUGUCCGAAACGGGCUCGGUUUUCGAGAAGGAUGCAAAAGAGGGUUUGCAGGCCGUUGCCCAGGUCGGCUUCAUCCCCGGUCGCAGUUUCGUUGGGCGGGUGAUGGAAUGUGGCUGGGAGGUCAGGGAUGAAAUUGCGAGAAGGGGGGAAUGGGUGAUUGGUUCGCUCGAUGUUCGCAAGAGCGGAGCGCUUGCGGAAUAUAUCGUUGUCGACCGGCAUCGACUUCAUCGGGUACCACAACCUGGCAGCAUCACACCGCCGUCCUCUUCACGCUCUUCUCACGACGGCCAAGACUCGCUUUAUCCGUCCCGUCCCUCAUCAGUUGCGUUUGCGCUGGGAGAAUCUCCACCGCCGUCAAGGCCUUCUUCGCGACAACAUCGCAAAACAAGAAGUGCGCCUGCACCAUCUGCACAACCACCUCCUGGCCCGACACUUGAAGAACUAGCACUGCUCCCGUUAGGACUCGCUGCAUACCGCGCAAUAAGGACCCUAAUCGGUCUGGAAGGCGCUGCCUACUUAGCUCGCGCGGAAACAGUCCGUCCUGAUGGAGAACUGGAGGUACAAGAGCACAGCCCGAAUUCUAGGAGCCGACACAAACUCCGCGCAUUGGUUAUCAACGGCCAUGCUGGCACUGGGGCUCUCGCGGCACGGCUGCUGGUCGCCCGAGGGUGGCGGGUGUGCAUUCAUGCGCCGGGGACGCUUGCGGAGUUUGACGUCGAUGACGAGGAGCGCGACCGGGAGCACAUGACCGCGAUCCAGACACGUGCGCGCGGGUGGGGUGUUGAGGAGGUCGUGUUUGACGACGGCGGGGCCAUUGGGGAUGAGCCGUGUGACUCAAGCUGGGGCCGGGCUGCGACGGUGCGGGCUGUGGACCGGCUGAUCGAGGACGGUGACGAGUUUGAUGCGGUUGUGGACACGCUUGGCGGGCAGUCGAUAUGGGAGGCCGGGGAGCGGCUGCUGAAGAGGGGUGAUGGGAGGAGGAAAAUGUUCGCGACGACGGUGGGAGAUGUGCCGGGCCGGCCGAUCCCGACUGCCAAGGACAACUUCCGUGCUGGAUUGCGGUCGAUGCGCGGAGAAGGCAAGAGUCCGAAAAAGAAAAACAAGAGGGAGUGUGUGGUGGGAUACGCCUGGGCCAACGCGGCGCAGGAUGUUGACUGGGAGGGCGGAGACAUCCGCGAUGGGCUGGCUGCGCUCGUUCAGCUGGCUAUGGAAGCAGAUUCAAUCCGCCCCCAUGUUGAGGACCCGCUGCCGCUCCCUUUUGAGCGGGCAGUGGAAGUGUUUGACGGGCAUGUAGGUGUGCGAAGGGGAGGGAGUGUUGUUGUCAAGAUUGCGGGCUGA